GUGAAAUCUCCCUGUAUUAUUUCGUAUCAACUAGAUGGAAUCACUUGACCAAACUGGUUGCUUAUUUAAACACGAAUCUAAUCCUUUCCCUGAUAUUAUUCAGCGCCAAAACAUGGGAGAUUCAUUGGAUACAGAAAUACUUCACGACUUUUCCCCCUUAAUGAUAGUGUACAAGGAUGGUCGAGUUGAAAGGUUGGAAGGCGAAGAUGUCGUCCCUCCCGAACCGGAUGCCGAAACCGGAGUCAGAUGCAAAGACCUCGAGAUUUCAUCGGAUCCCAAAGUUUCCGUCAGGAUUUUCCUCCCCAAGACUGCCAAUCCGGGCCUGAAACUUCCACUUUUGGUGUACUUCCACGGCGGAGGUUUCAUUGUCGAAUCUGCUUUCUCCCCGACUUACCAGAAACAUCUCUGCUUAGUCUCGGCCGAAGCCAAUACCGUGAUCGUCUCUGUCGAUUACAGACUGGCCCCGGAGCACCCGAUUCCGGCGGCAUUCGACGACUCGUGGCUCGCUCUCAAGUGGGUUGCGUCCCAUUCCUCUGCCGGCGGCGGUGAGGAGUGGCUGACGGAGCACGCGGACUUCGGGCGCGUGUUCUUCGGCGGCGACAGCGCGGGUGGAACCAUAGCGCACAGAAUGGCGAUUCGGGUCGGGUUGGAAGGACUGGAUGGGAUCAAUCUUGACGGGCUCUUCCUCAACUGCCCGUUUUUCUGGGGAAAGGAUCCGAUAGGCGAGGAAGGGGAUGACAUGGCGCCGGUGCGCUCUUACCUUGAGAGCCUUUGGCUGUUCGUGAACCCGACAACAACUGGGCCGGACGACCCGCUUUUGAACCCGACGAUGGACCCUGAAUUCAGGAAGCUGGGGUGCAAGAAAGUGCUGGUUUACGUGGCAGAGCUGGACCCGCUUAGGCAGAGGGGGUGGCACUACAAGGAGGCGUUGGGUGAAAAUGGGUGGUGCGGGGCGGCGGAGCUGGUGGAAGCUAAAGGGGAGGACCACGUAUUCAAUGUGUUGUCUCCCACCUCUGAUAAUUCCAUGGCUAUGGUAAAAAAGUUAGCCGCUUUCUUCAACUCCUAAGUUGCUUUGUUACGACUAUUCUGUCGAUCUUACGAUACUCAGAUUUAGGAGGUUAUCGGGGUAUCAGAAUAAGCUGCACAGAAUGCUAUGUUGCAUGGAAACGCAAAAAUCACAAUGAAACGGGAAACGGAAAACUUCUACUUUUUCUCAAAAAAGCUUGUGGAAAAUAUCCGUAGAGUUUUCGGAAACUUACAUUUUGAACAUAUUAAAAUAAAGUGUCUCACUUCCAUUUUCAAAAAUCAAUGCAUCCCAAAAGCAACUACAAUACACUUUAAAAAGUACAUUUUGAAAAGUGAACAAUAAAUCCAUAAAUUAUCAUGAAAUAUGUGAAAAGUAUAUAUUUUUAAUUCGGAUGGACUAUGUUUUUAUUUUCUUAUAUUUUGGUAAUAAAACAAAAGACGUUUUCAAGAAUUUGUGAUCUAUUAUCAUUUGUCACAUGUGAAGAUUUUCUUUUAAUGGGUCUGUGUUUGUGUUGUUAAUAUCAUUACUAUCAUUAUAGUAAUAAUAGUGAUAUGCGAAGUUGGUUGUUCUUAUCACGAGUGUUGACUAAUACGUAUGUAUGAUUGAUUGUUGUAUCACAUGUGAAGAUUUUCUUUUAAUGGGUCUGUCUUUGUGUCGUUAAUAUCGUUACUAUUACU